AUGCCUGCCAGGAUCAUCACUUCGGAUGACGAGGACGACCUCAUGCCUCCCUCUCGACCCUCCACUGUCAAGCGAGUGAAGGACGAAGACGACGACGACGCGCCUGUAGUGAAGAAGGUCAAGAAGGAGUCCUCUACUCCUAAGGCUUCUCCUAAGGUGAAGAAGGCUACCACCACCACUAAGGUUAAAAAAGAGAGCACAACCAAUGCCAAAAAGGCCCCUGUCAAGAAGACCACCACAACUACCAUCAAGAAGGACCCUGUGAAACAGCAAACGGUCAAGAAAACCACCAUCAAGAAGGAGACGGUCGGAGCCGACGGCAAGAUCAAGAAGGAGGAGACCGAAGAGGCCGAAGAUGUGUACAAAUGGUGGGAGAAUGACAACCAGGACGAUUCCAUCAAGUGGGAGACUCUAGAGCACAAGGGAGUCAUGUUUCCUCCUGAAUACGAACCAUUGCCCAAAAGUGUGCUCAUGAAGUACGACGGAACUCCUGUGGUGCUCCCCCAUGCUGCUGAGGAGGUUGCAGGCUUCUUUGGAGCCAUGCUGGAAACCGACCACGCCAAGAACCCGACUUUCCAGAAGAACUUCUUCAACGACUUCAAGGCGGUUCUCAAGGAGAGCGGGGGCGCUAAGGACAAGGAUGGUAACAAUGUGCAAAUCAAAGCCUUUUCCAAGUGCGACUUUUCCGACAUGUACGCUCACUUUGAAAAGAUGCGGGAGGAGAAGAAAGCCAUGAGCGCCGCGGAGAAGAAGGCAAUCAAGGCCGAGCGAGACAAGAUCGAGGAGCCCUUCAAAGUGUGUCUGCUCAACGGCCGAAAGGAACAGGUUGGCAACUUCCGAAUCGAGCCUCCGGGUCUAUUCCGUGGCCGAGGAGCCCACCCCAAGACUGGUAAGCUCAAGCGUCGAGUCAUGCCCGAGCAAAUCACCAUCAACAUUGGCAAGGGCGUUCCUGUGCCCGAGCCUCCUGCUGGACACAAGUGGGGGGAGGUGCGACACGACAAUUCGGUUGCAUGGCUUGCCAUGUGGCACGAGAACAUCAACAACUCCAUCAAGUAUGUCUUGUUUGCUGCAAAUUCGUCUCUCAAGGGAAUGUCCGACUACAAGAAGUUUGAGAAAGCCCGAGAGCUCAAGAAACACGUCGCUACCAUCCGAAAGGACUACGAGAAGGAGCUCAAAUCAGAGGCCAUGUUUGAACGUCAGAGAGCCACAGCCAUGUACCUGAUUGAUGUGUUGGCACUGCGAGCUGGAGGAGAGAAGGGAGACGAUGAGGCCGACACUGUGGGUUGUUGUUCUCUUCGAUACGAACACAUUACUCUCUCUCCGCCAAACAUCGUGGAGUUUGAUUUCCUCGGUAAGGACUCCAUUCGGUACCACCAGGAGGUCGAAGUGUCUCCUCAAGUGUUCAAGAACCUGCGCAUCUUCAAGAAGGCCCCCAAGAAGGUUGGAGAUGAUAUCUUUGACCGUCUGGACCCUUCUGUGCUUAAUAAGCAUCUGCAGAACUACAUGCCUGGUCUCACCGCCAAGGUUUUCCGAACCUACAACGCUUCCAAGACCAUGGAUGACCAGCUGGCUCUCAUUCCCAACGAGGGAACUGUCGCUGAGAAGCUCGUCAAGUUCAAUGCUGCCAACCGAGCCGUUGCCAUUCUGUGUAACCAUCAAAAGACCGUGUCCAAGACGCACGGCGAGUCGGUUGGCAAGAUUGAAGACCGAAUCAACGAGGUGGUGUGGCAAAAGUGGCGUCACAAGCGAAUGUUGCUAGAUCUCGAACCAAAGCUGCUCAAGAAGGAGCCCAAGCUGUUUGAGGAUCUCGACGAGCUGUCCAAGGAGGAGAAGACUGCUUGUGCCAAUCGACUUCUUGAGAAGGACUCGGAGCGAUGGACAAAGAAGUUUGAGCGGGACAACGAGAAGCUGGUGGCCGAGAAACAAAAGCCCAAGCCCAAGUCCGAGCUCAACGCCAAGCUCAAGGACCUCGCCGACACUAACAAGCAGUAUCUCAAGGAGAUCAAAUCCAACAAGGUCGAGGGUAAGGGAACUGUGGAGAAGCUACGUGCCCAGGUAGAGAAGCUGGAGACCCGGGUAACCACGAUGCGAAUGCAGCUCAAGGACAAGGAAGACAACUCGUCUGUGGCGCUGGGCACCUCGAAAAUGAACUAUAUUGAUCCUAGAUUGACAGUCAAGUUCAGCAAAAAGUACGACGUGCCCAUUGAGAAGCUCUUCACCAAGACCCUACGGGACAAGUUCCAGUGGGCCAUUCAGAGUGCGGACGAGGACUGGGAGUUCUAG